AUGCCUGUGGAGCUCGCGCCAGUCAUGGUGGGAACAGAGGCCGCGUCCGGCGUGCGCGAAGGCCGUGAAAGCAUAGAUCCCGACGAGGAGGCUCAGGUUGAGAAGCAGCUUCUGGCGAAGGCACGACAAGUGCCAUUGCAGCCUGACUACUUCACUGGUGGCCCCGAUGCACCAGCAAAAAUCGGAAGAAUUCGCUUGCUCCGAUGCUUCGGCCGAACAGCAUACAUAGGGCCACAUUGGCCCUGUUCCAUUAUCAUGCUGGCAGUCAUCUUGGGCAUCGGCAGCUCCUUUAUCAUGUAUCAUACAGCAAGAGCCAGCUUGCUUCACUCAGGUCUCGGCGUUCUGGCAACCGUUAGCUCGGCAAUCUCAUUUUUGUGCUGUGCUGUUUCGAGCCCCGGUAUUCUGCAGCCACGGCCCGGGAGCAAGGGAGGUCCAGGAGAGCCGGAGCAGUACUUCGCUUCAAACGGGAAGAGGCACUGCACAGCGUGUAACCUCAAGCAGCCAGUGGGCACUCUUCACUGUGACUAUUGCCAUGUUUGUAUUGUCGGCUGGGACCAUCACUGUCCCUGGAUGAACAAAUGCAUCGGAGAAAGCAACCUCUUCUUCUUCAACUCCUUUCUUGGCAUCAGCAUGACAUCUUUAGGUUACAUCGUCCUCGCUACGAUGUUGAUUUCCUAG